AUGAAUCAGAUGUUGAUUGUGUUCUGAAUCCUUUGAUUGGAGCGAAACUGGAGCCAUGGAGAAUUCGAACCUCUCCGAUUCACAGGUUCUGGAUUCUUCGUUCUCGCAUUCGCCAUCUUCAGAACCGCUUGAUAUCAGGAACUGGUUCUCGAGCUAUGUAUACGAAUCCCCCGAACUUGAUUCAAAUGACAAUUUUGGAGAUUCCAUUUCGAGGGAGAGAGAAAUUGGGGUUGAGAAAGAUGAGCAAAUUGCAGGCGAGGAAAAUGGAGGAAUUGGAGAAAACAUUGGUGAAUCUAGGGAUGUUACUAAGAUUGAUGAAGAAGAAGCGGCUGAGAAGCUUCCCGGAGCAUGGAUUUCUCUGAAAUGCACUUCACUGAAAGAUCAUCGCGAAAGCCAGCCUUUAGGCAUGAAUCAAGAUUCAUGGUGCUCCCAAUCGCUUCUGUCAGAGCCUCCUGAUGUUGGGAAGUGGUUUUCAAGUUAUGUAUAUGAAUCCCCUACACUGAAUCUAAGCCAGGAAUUUGGAUAUUGUGAAAGCGGGAAAACUGGGUUGGACCAUGAAAUGGAAGAGACUCAGGAGAAUGUUAGAAAAACCAAAAAUGGAGGUGAAAUAGUAGAGUUGAACCUGUUCGAAAAAUGCAAUGGCAAUUCCAGGGGCAACAGGCUAAACAAUAGGCCUCUGAGCGAGCAGAAUUUGUUCUCUGAUAAAACUUGGGAGAAAGACCCAAAAGAGAAAAGUGUGGGAACCAACGAAAUCAGUUCAACCAAAGACUCUCAAUGUAAGUUGCAAGAGAGAGUUUCACAAGAGAAUGGUUCUGUGCCACUGCACAUAAAUAGAAGCUCAAAUGAUGAAAACAAGAAGCCUACAACUCAUACAAAUUCGAUCCAUAAGAUUGAUCUCAUCCUGGAAAGUUCUGAAAAUGAUGAACAGUCAAUAAGAGAACCAAUUGUUGUAAGCAACAACAAAGGAAACAAAGAGAAAGGAGUUUCAGAUGAUGGUUUUAUUACAGCAAGAAAGCGUGAAUUUUCUGAAGAAACUUGCAAGAAAUCAGUGGAAAAGCAAGAAAACUACAAGGAUAAAGAGGUAGGAAGUGGUUUUGGUUGUUUAAGAAGAAAGGCAUUGAGAGACAAAACCAACUAUGAACACUCUGAUAUGGUAGAGAUAAUUGGGAAAUGGAGUUGUCCUCAGAAGAGUAAGCCCAGUCGUGGGCCGCCAUUGAAGCAGCUUCGACUAGAGCGAUGGGUUCACAAGAAAUAAAACUUGUCCUUGGCUCAGUCAUAGAGGGAUUCAAACUCAAGACAGAGGUAUCCGUGUAAUAGCUUCAAAUGGCAAGGCCCUUCAACUUUGCACUUCCAACCUUUGGGUUUCUUCUAUUGUACAUGGAUUUUGGCUUGCAGAUUUGGGUGAGGAUAU